AUGUCUGAAGGUCGUAAUAAACAAACCCAAUAUCCCUCAGAAGAAUCGUCAGAUUCCAGUAGUUCUGAGGAAUUUACUGAUAACAAAUGCGAUGACGAUGAAAGUGAGGCAAGUUACGAUGAGCUAGAUGAGGACACAGAUAGUUCUGAAGAAUUAACUGACAAGGAGAAAACCCCAGAUGAAGAAUCUUCAUCUUACAAUAGCGAUGACGACGAGUCUGAUGAUGAUGAUGAUGACAGUUUAAUUAGUAAUGAUCUUGAAAGAAGAGAUUAUGUCCGCGGGGCCAUAGGCCCUCACACAGGGCAUAUAAAUAGGGGGGAAGUUAACUGUGAAGAAACUUCACAACACUUGUUAUACAAUUACUUUGAAAUGAAAAGAAAUGAUAUUCGUAAGGAAAGUGACGAUGACAGCGCUUCAGAGGACAGUGACUCGGAUUCUAAAAAUAAAACCACAAUAACGAUAGAUGUAGGUACUAACACGGAAGUCGUAAAAGGAAAAUUGACGAUGUCAAAAGUAGAGGUAGAAGACUUCUGUGAAGUUAAACAAGAGGGAUCUGUAGAGGGAGGCGAUAAAAUACUGGAAACCGACGAUUUACAGGGAUACAUGUACGCUUACUCAUACGAGGAUAAUAGCACAAACAAAGAAGCAGCGAUGAGUCAAUCUCGGAGUCUGUUUUACAAUAAGAGUACACAGACAGAUUUUGUAGACGUUGAUCCUUCAGGUCACCAACCGGUACCUUGUAUACAAUCUGAUAAAUUUGUUGGUAAUGUUGCAGAAAGUCAAAUUUCAAAGUAUUCUCAAAAGAAUACACAAACAGAUACAAUGCCUUGUGAUCCUUUAAACCAAUCUUCUCAGGAAACACAAACCGAUGAUGGGUUAUUCUUGGAUAUAUCUGAUAAAUUUGUUGGUAAUGAUGCAGAAAGUGAGAUUUCAAAGUAUUCUCAAAAGACUACACAAACAGAUGCAUUGCCUUGUGAUCCUUUAAACCAAUCUUCUCAGGAAACACAAACCGAUGGGUUAUUUUUGGAUAUGACGGAAUCACCAUCCGAAGGAAUUACAGAGACCGAUUUACGUCUAUCUGUUUUGGCGACUCAGCAUCCCGAUAUGACAAUAGCAAGAACUAAAGAGACAUAUUUAAGUCCACGUGUUUUGGAGACUCAGCACCCCGGUAUGACAAUAUCAGGAAUUACAGAGACUGUUUUAAGUCCAUGUGUUUCGGCGACUCAGCACCCCAAUAUGACAAUAUCUACACAACCAGAAACCCUGCUGACACUUUUAGAAAAUCUUGUUCAAGAGGAAGAGGGCACGGAAGACGAGACGAAGACGAGUGAAGAUCAGGAGCUGGAUGGAACUUGGAAGUCUGAAACAGCUUCAGCUGAGAGCAUUCAAUUCGAUCUGGAGAAAGGAAUUCCUUGCGAUAAAUUAAAUAAGUACGAGAAUAGUGAAAUGGGUGUUAAAAUAAGAAAUGAAAGAAUUCCAACCAAGUUAAAAAAAGCCAGAAACAAAACACAUCGGGAAAACAGUGGGAAUUUAAAUCAUUUUGCAAAAGACACAGGACAGAAACAUCCGAUCCUGUUAAAGAAAACGAAAAGAAAGACGAGACUUUGUCCCGCUUGCAGCCUUUUGUCACGUGACAUGAUGACAGUUCGUCAUGUUUGUCAAUCUCACAGGAUUCCUAAAGGACAGGGAACCGCAGUGUCUCAGGCUCAAUAUCGUAUGUUGUAUCAUUAUCGCUGGCCUCAACUGACAGUCACGAGAUUCUAA